AUGAAGCCGCUGGAAGCUGGUCAGCCAGAAGGAGCCUGGCCUCCAGGAGCAAAGCCUCGAAGGGGAGAGAGGGACAUUGCAGAAGUCCGGAAUUCUGGUGAAGAGGGGGCAGGGUCCAGAGCCCAGGAGGAGGGUGGGGGGCGGUCUGUGCGGUUUGGGAAGCAGGGUGGUGGGAGUACAAGGGAGGGGUCCCCACAGACCAUUGUCAGAGCCGAGUUUCAAGGAGAGAAGCUGGUCUCUGGCUAUGCCGGAGACUCUGGCGGUCUGUCUGAUGCAGUCAAUCAGCCGGCCCCAAAUGUGGUCAAGUUCCGGCGAACGGGAGAGAGCUCCAGGUCUGAAGACGAUGCCAUCUCGGGAGAGCAUGAAAUCCAGAUUGAAGGAGUUCGGUCAGACUUAGAGGCUGUGGAAUUGGAGGAUGGAGCUGCAGUACCCAAGGAGUUUGCCAAUCCCACGGAUGAUACUUUCAUGGUGGAAGAUGCAGUGGAAGCCAUCGGCUUUGGGAAGUUUCAGUGGAAACUGUCUGUCCUCACUGGAUUGGCAUGGAUGGCAGAUGCAAUGGAAAUGAUGAUUCUCAGCAUUCUGGCGCCCCAACUACACUGUGAAUGGAGACUUCCCAGCUGGCAGGUGGCCCUACUCACCUCGGUGGUGUUUGUGGGAAUGAUGUCUAGUUCUACUCUGUGGGGGAACAUUUCAGACCAGUAUGGGAGAAAAACAGGGCUGAAGAUCAGUGUGCUCUGGACUCUCUACUACGGAAUCCUCAGUGCUUUCGCCCCCGUCUACAGCUGGAUCCUGGUCCUCAGGGGCCUCGUGGGCUUUGGCAUUGGAGGCGUUCCUCAAUCGGUGACUUUGUAUGCUGAGUUCCUCCCAAUGAAGGCCAGAGCCAAGUGCAUCCUAUUGAUAGAGGUGUUCUGGGCCAUCGGGACGGUGUUUGAAGUCGUCCUGGCGGUGUUUGUGAUGCCCAGCCUGGGGUGGCGCUGGCUGCUGAUCCUUUCUGCUGUCCCUCUUCUUCUGUUUGCUAUCUUGUGCUUUUGGCUUCCUGAGAGUGCAAGGUAUGACGUGCUGUCGGGGAACCAGGAAAAGGCUAUCGCCACCUUGAAGAGGAUCGCCACAGAGAAUGGUGCACCAAUGCCCCUGGGGAAACUGAUCAUUUCUAGACAGGAAGACCGAGGCAAAAUUAGGGACCUUUUCACACCCCAAUUUAGAUGGACAACUUUAUUGCUGUGGUUUAUAUGGUCCUGCAUGAUCUCUAUCUCUUCUGUGUCCAGCAGAAGGAAAGCCGUGAAGGCCAAGUGUAGCUUGGCUUGUGAAUACCUGACUGAAGAGGAUUACAUGGACUUGCUCUUGACCACCUUAUCAGAGUUUCCAGGCAUCCUUGUGACUGUGUGGAUCAUCGAUCGUCUAGGUCGAAAGAAAACGAUGGCCCUCUCCUUUUUCGUCUUCUCUUUUUGUAGUCUCCUGCUGCUCAUCUGCGUUGGAAGAAGUGCCCUCACCGUCCUUCUCUUCAUCUCAAGGGCUUUCAUUUCCGGAGGGUUUCAGGCCGCCUACGUUUACACUCCAGAGGUCUACCCCACAGCUACCCGUGCCCUGGGACUGGGCACCUGCAGCGGCAUGGCAAGAGUGGGUGCCCUCAUCACGCCGUUUAUUGCUCAGGUGGGUGACUUCAGGAGAAGGAAGGAGGGUGGAAGACGAGGCAGCCAUGGCAGGGCCUUAUGCCUAAGAGAUGCUGGGGGAAGGUCUCCGUAA